CGUGAAGUACUGAGCAUGCGCAUUCGCAUAGCCCAGCUGGGUACAGAACUGUGCUAUGCGUUUAUUGAAAACACGGUGUCCAGUAUGGAGAUUUCUUCUGGUUUAGUGGACUGUCACUGUCACCUGACUGCCUCAGACUUUGAUCAUGAUAUCAAUGAUGUUUUAGAAGAAGCAAAGAAAGUUGGCCUUAAGGCCCUUGUUGCAGUUGCCGAGCACUCUAAAGAAUUUGAAAAACUAAUAGAUCUUUCGAAACGGUAUCAGGGCCUGGUCUUCCCAUGCUUAGGUGUUCAUCCAGUACAAGGGAUUGAGCCGGAACCACAGAGAAGUGCAACUCUUAAGGAUUUAGAAGAUGCUCUGCCUCUGAUAGAGUUAUACAAAGAUGAUUUGGUGGCGAUUGGAGAGGUGGGGCUGGAUUUUACCCCGCGAAUUGCUUGCACUGAUGAUCAAAAAGAGGAGCAACGGGAGGUGUUCAUCAGGCAGAUAGAACUGGCAAAGAGGCUGGAUCUUCCACUAAAUGUUCACUCUCGUUCAGCUGGAAGACCAACUAUUAAUCUUUUGAAAGAGAAAGGUGCAGAGAAAGUCCUGCUACAUGCAUUUGAUGGGAAGCCAUCAGUCGCUAUGGAGGGAGUUAAAGCUGGUUAUUACUUUUCCAUUCCACCCUCUAUCAUUAGAAGUGAGCAGAAGCAGAAACUAGUGAAACAGCUGCCCCUGGAAAACAUUUGCUUGGAAACGGACUCUCCUGCCUUAGGCCCUGAAAAACAGGUUAGAAAUGAACCAAAAAACAUAAUGUUUUCUGCUGAGUACAUAGCGACGGUGAAGGGAGUUUCAUUGGAGGAGGUUAUGAAGAUAACUACGAAAAAUGCUGUUAAACUUUUUCCAAAAUUGCUUUAUAUAUUUCACAAAUAAAAAUAUAUAUGUACUCUAAA